CUACUCUCUGGAUAUCUGGACCAGCCAUGGUGGUGUGUCUGACUGGGCUAUGGAGGUAUCGGAAUUACCUGAUCAUAUUCCUCACCCCACUGUUGAUUCUACCUCUACCCAUAAUAGUUGGGGGACCGGAGGCUAGUUGUGGCUAUGUGAUCAUCCUGACGGCCCUGUACUGGUGUACAGAGUGCAUGCCCCUGGCUGUGACCGGUCUGCUGCCUAUCAUCCUCUUCCCUAUGAUGGGCAUUAUGGAGUCAAGCGAGGUGUGUACCCAGUACAUGAAGGACUCUAACAUGCUGUUCGUUGGAGGGCUGUUGAUGGCUAUAGCUGUGGAACACUGGAACCUUCACAAACGCAUCGCCCUCAGAGUACUUCUCGUAGUAGGGGUGAGGCCUGCCCUUCUGAUGAUGGGCUUCAUGGGCACCACAGCCUUCCUGUCCAUGUGGAUCGGUAACACAGCCUCCACUGCCAUGAUGCUGCCCAUCGCUAAUGCUGUGCUGAAGCAGCUGUGUGACACUGAGGCCCAGGCAGAGGAGAGGGAGAUGGACCUGAUGGCCAUCAGAGGGGCCGGGCCCAGGACUGGGAUACCUAAGGGCCAGGACAACCAAGCCUUUGAUAUGGAUGAUGGAGGUGCUACUAAAUGUGCAAAGGAUGUCAAGCCCAUGAAGAAUGUAAUUCAGUUAGAGCCCGAGCCAGAGGUGGAGGAGAGUCCGGAGGCGAGGGAGAGGAAGCUAAAGAGGGAGGCUAAGUACCUGAAACUGGAUAAAGGCAUGAGUCUCAGUGUGUGUUACUCUGCCAGCAUCGGAGGAACAGCCACCCUCACCGGCACCGCCCCGAACCUCAUCCUCAAAGGACAGAUCGACGAACUGUUCCCAGGAAAUGGAGACAUCAUCAACUUUGCCAGCUGGUUUGGUUUCUCCUUCCCCAACAUGGUUCUGAUGCUGAUCAUCUCCUGUCUGUGGCUGCAGUUUAUGUACCUGGGCUGCAACAUGAAGAAGUUGUUUGGCUGUGGAACGAAUAAAGAUGGUGACAAGGAGGCGUACGGGGUGAUAAAGAAUGAGUAUAAGAAGCUGGGCAGUGUGUCCUUCGCUGAGGGCUGCAUCCUGGUGAUGUUAGUCCUGCUGGUCCUGCUCUGGUUCACCAGAGAACCAGGCUUCAUGCCCGGCUGGGCCGCUGUGCUCUUCAACAAGGACAAACCGUAUGUCACUGAUGGCACAGUGGCCAUGUUGAUGUCAACGCUGUUCUUUGUGAUCCCAUCCCAACUACCCAGAUGUGGCGGGUACUCUGAGGAUGGGAAGCCCCUGAAGGCCCCUCCCACCCUGCUCAACUGGGACGUGGUCCAUAAGAAGAUGCCCUGGAACCUUCUCCUGCUAGUGGGAGGAGGCUUCGCUCUGGCCCGGGGCAGCGAGACGUCUGGUCUGUCUCAGUGGCUAGGAGAAAGUCUGGCCCCCCUGCAGUCCAUCCCUCCCGUUGCCAUCUCUUUCCUCCUGUCUCUACUCAUCGCCACUUUCACUGAGUGCUCCAGUAACGUAGCUACUACCACAUUGUUCCUGCCUAUACUGGCCUCUAUGGCCGUAGCCAUUAAGCUCCACCCGCUGUACGUCAUGCUGCCCUGCACCAUCUGUGCCUCGCUGGCCUUCAUGUUGCCGGUGGCCACGCCCCCUAAUGCCAUCGCCUUCUCCUAUGGCAACCUCAAAGUCAUGGACAUGGUGAAGACUGGAUUCGUGCUGAACAUUAUUGGUGUCAUCACCAUCAAUAUCGCCCUGAACACCUGGGGAGCAGCCAUGUUCAAUCUCAACACCUUCCCUGACUGGGCCAAUGUUACCACCAUACCCACCCCUUGAUCCAGAGACACCAGGAAGGAAGGAAGGAGGGAAGGAGGAGGAGGAGGAAGAGAGUGGAGGGAUGGGAAGAGGGGAGAGAUGCUGUAUGUACACCUCUAUCUGGGGCAGGCUGUAAACAGAAGACAGUGCUGAUGGUCAACCCACUCAGGGUGAUCUAAAGCUGCUACUGUAUACACACUCCAUAAAACAACACACACAGUAUCUGUUUACCGGUUGGACUGGUACUCCUCCUCCACUCUGUCAAAGUUUUGAUUGAUUUGAAUACAUUUAAAUUAAUCUAUUUUUUGUACAGCUAGCUAUGCAGGUCGUAUUUUAUCCUUUUUGGGAUAGCCAAAUCUGCUUAAGUUUAGAGGAGCGGACACGAGGUGAAAAUACUGUGUCUGUUUGGGGAACAGAACAGAACAGAAUAGAAUAUAACUUUAUUUGAGGUUAGGGGAUUAUAAGGGUAAUCUAUGAGAUCAUUUAUGUUUCUCUGAACACAUCAUUAUGUCAACAACAACAAACUAACAAACAUCUAUUUCAUGUGAAUGGCAAUCUGUGUUGGAAUGCAAAUGUUAUUUUAAUGUCAGGAACUCCAUCAGUGGCAUAUUAUUAUGAAACGUUGCGCUCUUAGUCCUUACAGCUGUUGCACAAAAUGUAUAUAUUUUUUAUUAUUGUUUCAACAGUUUUUAUGUCUACUGUAUUAAAUGCUGCACACACAACCACUCUAAAUAGGAGAAUAAUUUAAAGUGUCCAAGUACACGCCAUCUCAAACUAAAUGUGGAAUUAUUUGUAUUGGUAAUAAUUGCAUUAUAGUUCAUGUCUGAUGAUGACAUUACUAUUUGGGUUGCACAUUGAUUUUUGGCUUCAUACAUUUUGUGGCACUGCUCCCUUCAUACCCACUUCCUGUAGGAUUGCAGAAUAUGAAUUUGGGCAAAAAUGAUGACCUCAAAUCCCAUUGCCACCCAUAGGAUUAUGCCCACUGACGGAGACCCCAAUUGGUUUGAAGGGUACGGAAGGCAAAUCCUUUCUAUUUCAAUGUUCUUAUUGUUCUUUUCAAUUAUAUAGCUUUCAGAUAAUUCAGAAUCCUUUCAAAACAGUAGGUUAAAAAAUUAAGGAAAAUACUAAAUUAUAAUUUAGGGUAAAGAAGGAAAUGAAUAAAAUGUAAUUACAAUUUAUAGAAUUAAUUAAAGGAACAACUGACAGGAUUACUUUUCCAUGACCUAGGGUCAUCAGGGCGGUUGGAAAUAAAAUGAGAUGUAAAAACAUUUGGGUUAUAAUCUUGGUAACAUUCUGCCGUGAUCAUUGCAUGGUAGUGUCACUCAGAGAACAAACAAGAGAAACACUCAGUGGUUCCAUGCAUAGUCAGGUGGUAGGGUGGUUUUAUGCAUAGUCGGGUGGUAGGGUGGUUCCAUGCAUAGUCGGGUGGUAGGGUGGUUCCAUGCAUAGUCGGGUGGU